UAUUUGCAUGUAGCCUCUUCCUUUAGAACAGGAGCUCCUCCAGGAAAGGGACUGUGCUUUGGCAUUUCUUUGUUCCCCAUCACUUAGUACAAUUCUGGGCACACAACAGGCGCUUAAUAAAUGCCAGUUGACUUACAAACCUAAGUUUCCACCCAGGGAGCUCCCCUAAAAAUUCCUGGAGCACUUACUCUUGGGGUUGUCGUGAGGUUCAAAGGGAUUCCAUUUAAAUAGAGAAAAAAUAAUUUAAUGAUGAUUUUAAAGCCUCGUUUAAUAAACCUCUACCAGCAGGGCCCAUUAUUCCCUACACAGGGUCAGAGAAGUGGCCAGAUGACACUGGGGGGAGGGGCGAAUCGGGGCAUUUUUUUUUCCCGUCUCCCUCCGGGCCACACGGAGCCUGCAAACCUAGGCCAGAACCGGCCACCUUCCCCGGCUCCUGCUCUCACCACUCCUCCCUUCUCCCUUCCACCCCCUCCGCCCGUGUGGACUGCUGACUUCCGGUAGCGCGGCACCCACCAACCAGCAGCUGGGUCGGCCGGGACGCCAGCACGGAGCACGCGCGCACCGAUUCGAAUCCUGCACGGCCCCCGCCGCCUCUUUCUCACUCCCCCCCGCCCGCAGACACCUGCGCGAGCGCAGAAUCCUCCCAGGGCCAGACUGCAGGCUGCGUGCCCACGCCGGGCUCCUCGCGCGCGCUGCUGCUCCCCACGCCCUCUCACGGUUCCCCCCUCCCCCACCGCGCCCGGGCCCUUAUCUCCAGCCUGCCCCUCCCCCCGACGCCCGGCUCCGGCCGCAUCCCGCCGCUUUUGGGAGCAGGGCCUGCCUCAGGCCCGGCCUAGCGGGCUCAUGGCCAAGAGGCGCGCGGCGGAGCCGUUGGCGUUCCACGUGCCCUGGAAGCGGCUUCCGCCCUGCGGCCGCCUGGACGAGCCCGAGCCGCUGUGGGCGCCGCCGGGGCUCGGGCCGCGGCUGCCGCUGAACGGCUCCGACCUGCGCCGCAAACGGAAGCGGGAGGACGGGACCAUGACGGAGCUCCUGGCCUCGCCCAGCAAGCGCUCUGGCGAGGCCGCGGUCCCCGGCGGCCCUGCCCCCGGGGACGGGGUCCGCAUGGACACCGGGGAGCCCAAGCCGCCGGCCGAGCUCCGCUGCCCCGCGGAGGAGCCCGGGCCCCGCGCCCCGGAGCCCGAGCGGGGCGCCGGAGAGGAGGUUCCGCGGCCCAGGGGCGCCAGCCCCCAAGAGGAGCAGCUCAUUGAAGAAUUUUGGCAAUAUAAUACAUUCCAGUACUGGAGAAAUCCUUUACCUUCCAUUGAUCUGUCAGAAAUUGAAAAACUAACUGAAGCAACUCUUACCAGCAAGGAUGAAGGUGUUGAAAUUGACAUGGAAUCUUGACCUAUGGAUCUGCUACAGCGGAAUAAUGGUGAUAGGUUUCAUAUAAUGAUACUCAUCUUUAGCUGAAUCUACCUGCUUCUCUUCAGAAAAACAGAUGUUUCAGAUAUUUUGAGGUAUAACCUCCAUCUGGAAAAAAUGAGGGAAGUACUUUUUACAGAAAAAUGCUCAGACUGUUGUUAUGUCUGACAGGGAUUUUUCAUGGGUAGUCAAGGACAAAGUAUAGUUAUAACAAGUAUUUUAAAACAUGGUUGCUUGAGGAAGAAAAUAUGUUCAGACUUUAAAUCUGAGUUCAUCUCUAACCAGUUUAGAAGUUCUGGCACUAUUAGAGGUGACUGAGAAGUGUUUGAAUAUUAAACCAAAAAAAGGUUUAGUUGUGGUGCAUGAAAUUAAGACAUUUUAUAACAAAUGCUGGUGAUAGUAAAUAAUAUAUUAAUACAUUUUGUUGCCUGUGUUCUUAGUUGAACCAAAAAGCUGUCAUAACAUCUAUGCAAGCUAGAAAGGUGAAUGUCAGGGUGUUCUCUCUCUUUCUGAGAACUAAUGAUGUCUUUAAAGAACACUUUCCUUAUGCUGUGUAAUGUAAAGUAGUGGACAUUUCAGUAAGCACUCUGCAUUUGUGCUUGUACAGCUAUCAAUGUAAUUUGACUUAUGUUGAGUUGUGCCAAAAUGUCCAAUCAGAGAUGGAGACGGAGCUGUGGGAAAUGAUGAGGGGCUCCUUUUCCCCAUGGAUUAAGGGGAAAGAAAUUUUAUCACACAAUCAGUUUGGUUGGUUUAGUUAUUUUUUUUUUUUAAAUAAUGAAGUUUUUUCUUUUUAAAAUUAUAAGAAACUUGUCAUAGCUGGACCAAUGUAUAAUGCUUUGGCUUUAUCAUCUUAGGAUGUAUCAUGACCAAGUUUUAAAGUUUGUUUAUUAUUACUGUUGCAUUAUGGUAAGCUUUAUAAAGCCUUGCUAAAGAAAAAUAAAGUUUCUGUUGUGUAUUUGUUA